CGUUUGCUUUGAAUGUCAUCCUGGUUCGCUUGGUUCACCUCUUUCUCAACUUCUUUUACCCGCCUCUGCUCGUUACCUUUCGAUAUCAAAACUCGUUUCAUCAGAUAUGCUUGCAGGAGGUUCAUUUUCAAUUUCGUGAAUUUGGGGCAUCUCAACGAAGAUGAGCUGGAUGCCCAGAUACAGUCGGAUGUUGUUCACUUUCAUGACAUCGAGCUGAACCAUAGUGCAUUGAACAAUCUGCUACCUUCACUUCCCUUUAUAUUGGAGCAAGCAUCAGUCAAAGCGGCCACUUUACAUCUAGCUUCGGAAAAUAAAGCCUUCCCUGCACCUUCACUAUCUGUACAUUCGGCCAAGUUCACCUUCCAUAUCUUACCAUCAAAUGAACUAUCGUCGACCUUGGGAACAACCCUAUCUGAUCUGGUUGAAUCCUAUGCAUCGGCUUUCGUUCACGACGCGAUGUCUCCCCCAGAGCGUGCAUAUUCAUCCCGCUCAGAUCCUGGAAGCGGGGUUGAUAUUGAGGGACACUUGGUCGCAGCCUUCACAAAGCUCGUGGGACUUGCCCUCUGUGACAUCCGAUUUGACGCCAUCGACACGUCGAUCUCUGUCGUUUUCCCCCGGCAGUGCAGUUUCACGGCUUCAAUAGCGACAAUCUCAAUCCGAACCAAGGAACAUCAGGACGGACGCGAUCAUAGGGUAACUUUGUCCGGAAUAACAGUCCAUUUCGAUGACCUUACCCACUCCAAGAUCGGUAGAGCUGCAGACGAUGGAAGGCUACUCUCUUUCGGUCGAGAUCCUGUCACGAUCGUGUUGUCAGAGGACUCGAGUAACACGAUGCGGAUAUCCACGAGCGUUGGUAGCAUCGGUUGCAGGGUCCAUUCCUGGCACAUUGCACAUUUGAUACAGAUGUUGGACCGGUGCUUGAACCACCGCAGUCGAGAUCGUUCUACCCUUUCCCCUCCUUCAGUUCCAAUCGAAGUCGAAGUUUUGUUGGAUAUCCGAGGAGUAGUUAUUUUGUUCUGCCCUUCAACUACCUUCAAUACAACGAAUUUCGAUCGAUUCUUCAUGGAGUCAUCUGCUCUACCACGUUUGUUAGACGGCUAUGUCCACAUCAGCUUGGAUUCUCUAUUGAUGAAGCAUACGGCCGUCGGGAGGGAGUCCGUCUAUGAACUCUUUGUUCGAGAGUGCUCAGCUUUUGGCUUUCGCGCGGUAGAUGAAUAUGACGGUGAAGUGCAGACGACUUUCCCGAUAGUUGUCACUGAUCGAUCUUUGCCGUCCUCAUACAGCCCUGUGUACACCCACCGUCGUCCCCCUAUUGAUCCUCGAAAAAGUUUUGUUCUCCCGGAAUUCGAAGUGAAUGAUUGGACGAACGAAGAUCUGUGCUCUUACGAUCCUGAUCCCUCUCCCUGGUGGACGAAGUUACAAGGCUCUUUACCAGACACCCUCCCUGCGUUCGAGCUAACUCUUUCUCCGCCGUCUAUACAGAUCGAUCUAGUUCCCCUACAUAUUUAUAUUGAUGCGAGUCAAGCAUUGAACGACGAAGUCCUGAAUUACCUCGACGAAAUUCUUACAGCGCUACACAAGACUACCUCUUUUGCGAGAGACGAGGACAAGUUUGAUGUACUCGCCACAUCACCUUUGAUACGCUUUGAAAUUCGAUGCUCACUGUCUGGUUUACCAACACGUUCUGGGGCGUUGGUCAUCGAUAUACACGAUACAUGUUUUGUGUACAAUAACUUGGCCCGAAGUUCUUCAGAAGAAACUGAAGGUCUCAUCUUUUCCUUUGGAGCCAGCUGUGUGUUGGUUGCCUGUUCUCCGGCAAGUAGAAACACAGCCUUCACUGUUUUAUCCAUUGGACCUCUUACAGAUCAUCAUCAUCUGCUCCCACCAGAGUCGAGUAAUGAAUUAUGCCGGGUUCAUAGGGGAAACACCUGGUUCGGCAUCGCACGACGAACCAUAGGAUCGCCGAGGUUGACUCUUCUCUUGGUCCUCCCAUCCGCCGUUAGUCGGCUCUCAGGAGGGACGUUGGACAGUCUACAGUACUGGUGCUUAGAUGCAUCACAUAUACUCGACGUCCAUUCCCAAGCAGAGGAGAUCUACACUCCCACCCAAUCUCCAUCACUCCUUCCUAACGCGAAUCCAGCUAGCGUUCACCGAUUGUUGGCAGAUCUUGGACGUUGCUUUUUCAUUCGCGAAGGCGAAACAGUGGAUUUUGAGACGGUCAUCAAGUUUUCGGUCGACGAAGCUAUGAUCAGGUUCCUCGUUCCGAUAACAGGUUCUGACGGUGUUCGCUUCGAUGUGCAUUCCCUGGAUAUUGUGGCAUCGACGUUGGACACUAAUAUCGCUUUCAAGGACGAGGGAACCAUUUUCGAAAUUGAAAUGGUGCAAUUAACCGCACAAGACCGAAUAUCGUCGACGGUCUCACAUGAAUUUUUCUCGAUUAAGCCGUUGGAUGGAUCACCAAAAGCAACGCUGAAGGCUCGAUUUCCUCAUUAGCGGAUCAUGAAUGCCAACCUAUGAGUUCCCUCAUUCUCGGGACACCGACGACCCCUCUCACGUCAUCCGACUGUAAAGCGAUAGCGACGGCGUCUCCGACAUGAUCAACAUGAAUGGGUGGGAUGGACAAGACG